AUGCACAUAAAAGAUCUAGAAGGCAGUCUUCCUCCCGUGGGAGAUGAAGGGACCGGCCGAAGCAGCAAGUUAGAAAAGCAGAUACCCAGAACCGGUAGACCUCUGGAGGUGGGAAUGUCGCUAUCACUCUGGCUUCAGACGGUCAGGAACAAUCCUCUCCUGAACCAUCGAACCACAGAGGACCUGCCGAAGACAGCUGAUGUAGUGAUCAUAGGAUCUGGAGCUACGGGCUCUUUGACUGCAUUGUCCUUGCUACAGAGUCCCAAUCCUCCCAAAUCAGUAGUGCUGCUAGAAGCACGAGAGUUAUGUUCCGGAGCCACCGGAAGGAAUGCUGGACACUGCAAACCUGAUCAGUGGAGAGGGUUUACCAAGUAUGAGACGGCUUUUGGGGCCGAGCAAGCUUUGAAGAUACUAUCAAAUGAACAGAAAACGUGGGAAAGACUGGUAGAAUACGUCAAGAAGCAUAGUGUGGAUUGCGACUUGUGGGUGGGAAAGACGCUCGACGUGUUGAUGACGGAUGAUGUUGCGGAGGUUGCUGCCGAUAACUUCUCGAACUACCAGGCAGCUGGCGGAGAUGUUUCCAAGAUAGAGAUCUCUCGACUCAAAGGUGCAAAAGCGUUGUAUGCAUGGGAUGCCUCGAGCUUACAUCCUUGGAAACUUGUUGCACAUAUCAACCAGCAGUCCUUGGAUCUUGGACUAAAUCUCCAGACUUGGACCCCGGUCACGAAAGUGUCGGGAUCCGCGAAUCAGUGGACCGUGCAUACUGCACGUGGUGAUAUCAGUACACCAGUGGUUGUGCAUGCGACCAAUGCAUAUGCUGGGGCUUUGCUACCCGAGACGAGAGGCGCAAUCCGCCCAUGCCCGCACAUGUGCAACAAAGUCCUUCCGCCGUCCACAUUUGCAGGCUCGAGAUCCUUGAAGAAUUCCUACGCAAUCAUAUACCCAGAAGGAAUGUAUACAAUCAAUGCGAGGCCGACAUCAGAUGGCAUAUUGUUAUUCGGUGGCGCAGCCCCAAACCAGAAUAAACUGCUAGACUACGUUGCGAAAGAUCAGAGGAGGAGAAUCGACGAUACUCUUACCAACUUUGAGCCCGUUACAGAAGCGGUACGAACUUUGGGCACAGAGGGAUUCGAAUGGUGGCGAGGAUCGAGAGUGCUGUAUGACUACGCUUGGAGUGGUAUCAUCGCGAGAAGUGCCGAUCAAGUACCCUUUAUUGGUGCAGUACCUGGCAAGCCUGGCCAGUGGAUGUGUUGUGGUCACAAUGGUCAUGGAAUGGCUCGAAUAUUUACUGCUGCUCCAGCUUUGGCUAAACUGAUUCAAGGAGCGACUUGGGACGAGACGGGAUUACCAGAAUGUUUCGAAGUCUCGAAUGAGCGUUUAAAUCGGCAUUUAGAUCCGAACUGGGAGCUAAGCGAGGACCAAUGA